AAUUGGGGAUAACGUAGGUUCCCCCGGAGAGGUAGAUUGCAAUAGGUCGAUUCCACACCAUCCGUACCAAGACAGGACUAAAAGGCUAUUCAAAAUGAGAUUAACAACGGUUCUUCUGCUACUGCUGUCGCUGUUAGCCAUCGUCUCGGCACGUGGAUUCAGAAGUAGAAGUUCUGGUAGAAGGUCUUACGGGGGUCGUAGGAACCGAGGAUUUGGAGGCCGCUAUGGAGGGUAUGGAGGCCGCUAUGGUUCCCUAUACGGAGGACUUGGUGGCUACGGAGGCUACGGAGGUUACUCCUCCUAUAGCAGUGGAUAUGGCGGUCUAGGCGGUUAUGGCGGCUAUGGCGGUUACGGAGGCUACGGUGGUUACGGAGGAUUAGGCGGUUAUGGCAGUUAUAGCAGCUACGGAGGCCUAGGCGGUUAUGGCGGCUACGGAGGCCUAGGCGGUUAUGGCGGCUAUGGAGGCUUAGGCGGCUACGGUAGCUAUGGCAACUAUGGCAGCUAUCCAUAUGCGUCGCGUACAUACCAACCUGUUAAUUACGUUUCUGGAGUGCAAUCCACUGGUGCUGGGUAUCCAAGAGUACAGACGAUCACGAACAGCACGGAUGCAGACACCGAGGUUGUCGCCGUACAGCCGACCUACCAGCGAACUGGAUAUCCGGGAAGACUUGGCGUGUCUUCUUACGGGGCGGGCAGGGGACUAUAUGGCAACACGGUUUACAGGGGCGGCAACUUAGGAGGAUAUGGAAGCUACGGUGGAGGAUUGGGUGGAUACGGUGGUUACGGUGGAGGAUUGGGAGGAUAUAGUAGUUACGCUGACUUGGAGUCAACUGGCGAGACUAUUCAACAGAUACGCAUAGCUACGCGUGAUGAGCGAAAAGAUGAGAACAAAACAAAAACUGUCAACGGCGCGCAUCGAAACGUCGAAAGCAAGCAGCAACUCGUGUCAGAAAAUGCAAACUUAAAACGACGAUUGAUUCAACUCGAAAACAGAGACGCAGAAUUAAAAGCCUUAAUUACUACGUGGAGACUGCAAGGUAAAGAUGUCCCCACCCGACAUCCAGGGACGGUGCCGCGGAUUGCAGACGGCGCGUCUAUCAACAUGCGCCAUCUUGUCGGUGAGCUCGCGUUCCAACUGGACCGCAGAAUCGUAAACUACGUUUUCAACGUCGGCCACGUUUCACACGACGACGGGCGGCAGGCGCGUUUCUACGGCUACACAACCCGUAAUAUCGAGCAGAUGAUAUCGAGCGAGGCGGCAAUGCUGAAACAACACUGUCCCGAGGCGAACAAAGCGCGGCAGCAAUGGUUGACAUACAGGUACAACUACGUGUUGAGCAGUCUAGCAGCGCUGAGUUUCCGAGUGCCGUAUCACCCGGAGUUUAUCAUCAGAACCAUCAACAAAUAUGGCGUCUUCGCGACACCGCCGCCGCGUGACGUCAGAGCGCAGCUAGAAGACGCCGACCUGCUGACGAGACGCGUUGUCAACAGCGUCUGCGACUCUGAGAAACGUGACAUUCUCAUACUAGCAGACUGUCUACGUCUUAUGUCUACAGACGAUGGCAUGGCGAUGUUUCUGUGGUAGCCAUAUAGGAAACGCGUUGAUAUUGCGUAUAGUCACUAGUUAUGCAUAGCGAAUUGUGAAUUUAUUACUACUAUAUCUGUCUUUUUUAGUUUGACGCUUGGUAACAUUU